AUGCUUCCAUUGAUUGGUGGACUGAUCGCCUUGUCGGCUGUCCGAGUUGUGAUCGGUGAUGGAUGUGCCUGUCCCCAGGGAUUUGACAGUGUCUCCACAUUGGGCUUAUGUGUUGGAUCUCCAGAACUCACAGGUGGCGGCUGGGACUCAAAUCAGCGCUCGUGUAAGACUCUCGGAGGGGAUCUGGUCAUAAUCAACAGCGGCUUCUACAACACCCUUGUCGGAGCUAUUGCCCUUCAGAACUUUGCCCAGUCUUUGGUGAUGAUCGGCGCCAAGAGAGUUGAUGGGACAGCCGAUUGGGUAUGGCCCGACGGCUCCGCAACUGAUUAUAAAAACUGGGCACCAGGAAACCCACCAGCGGACCCGGCCAUGAACUGUGCUUAUAUAAAUGGUAAUGACAACACAUGGUUUGCCCAACCGUGCUCAAACAAAAACCCCUACCUUUGUCAGUUUGGUGCUUCAAUCAAUAAAUGUCUUCAAGGAUGGACGUACAAUCCACAAACUGAUAGCUGUUAUUAUCUCGGUCACGACCUUUCAUUUGUCGAUGCUCAAGCGUGGUGCAUCAAGAACUCGAAAAAGGAACACCCCGGAUGUUUGGCUUCGAUUCACGACUAUGCCGAGAACAAAUUUAUUCAAACUCUUGCUCAAGACAACUCAUGCUCGGGGAAGUUCCCCAUUUACGCGGGCAGCACUUUGGUCGGCGGGGUCUAUACAGGUUCGAGGCUAAAUUAUUGGCUAGACGGGACCCCGGAUGACUAUAACAAUUUCUGCAAUGUUAGUGUGGCUCUGGACAACUCCGUGAUGCUGUUACGAGCCGUCGGAUCACAGUGCAGCACAGGGUGUGGUGAUGGCAGUUGGUGGGCUGGAAUCGAUUCGAUUCAAUCCGAUCAAACGUAUCCAUCAUUUGUAUGCAAAUCGAAACCCUUGUGUGCA